UCAGUACCGUCUGCUAUCUGCUCCAGCUGCAUGUUUGAUGCAUGCCCUCGGUGAUUACAUGAUCAUGUAACUUAUUAAUAAACAGAUGUGCUGCUUCGCUACAACUACAAGUCUUGAGUGCAUCCUUUGAAUAAAAAUCUCAUCGACUCUCACCAGACAGCUAGACCGGGCUCGUACCCAGCUCAUCAGCGGAACAUAUCACCAUCCAUCAGCGUCUGAUUAUCCGAGAUUCCCCCACUCCCCCACUCCCCCCUCCAUCCCAUCCUAAAAGAUGCCUUCAGCUUCGUCGCCUGCCAGUUGAUGUAGCCUGAGUAAUUGAUACAUCACUGCCAUUGACGAUAAUCGCGAUGGAGUUGGGUACCCCAGUGUGGUUUGACUCCGGAGGGGAGUACCCCCUCCCAGGCAGGGUGACAGAGACGUAUGGAGGGGAAGCAGAGGGCGUCCAAGUACAGUGUGUACUGGACGAAAAGAUGUACACUGUCUCAAAACCCAAAGAGCGUAUCAGAAUACGACACGAUGCAUUGGAGAUCCAACACAUUGAUGACAUGAUACAGCUAAGAGAUCUCCAUGAAGGCGCCAUUCUCUUCAAUCUGAAGACCAGAUUUGACAAGGGACUCAUCUAUACGUACACAGGAAGCAUAUUGGUUGCCGUCAACCCGUACAAACUCUUUGACAUCUACGGCAUUGAUACAGUCAAGAAGUAUGAAGGCAAGCCACUCGGACAGCUCCUUCCCCACCUGUUUGCCAUCGGCAACAGUGCCUACACCCGCAUGAUGCAGACAGACAAGAACCAGUGUGUUAUCAUCAGUGGAGAGAGCGGGGCCGGCAAAACAGAGAGCACUAAACUCAUCAUGCAGUACCUGGCAGCUGUCAAUAAGUCCCCAUCAAAUCUCACCACAGAGCAGAUUUUGGAGGCCAAUCCUUUGCUGGAAUCCUUCGGCAAUGCCAAGACGGUGAGAAAUGACAACUCCAGUCGCUUUGGCAAAUACACAGAAGUCUUCUUCAGGAGGGGAGUCAUCAAUAGUGCUAAAACAACAGAUUACCUUCUGGAGAAGUCCAGGAUAGUGCACCAGGGUCCGGACGAGAGAAACUACCACGUCUUCUACGAGCUCCUGGCGGGCCUGUCUUCCCCAGAGGCUGCCAAGUACGGCCUGCGCACUGCCGACCGCUACCACUUCCUGAACCAGGGCGGCAGCUGUCGCAUCGAGGGCAAAGACGACGGGGAGGACUUCUACCGUCUGGUCUCGGCCAUGGAGGUGAUGCGGUUCAGCCCCUCGGAGCAGGAUAUCAUCUUCGGCAUACUGGCCUCCAUACUGCAUCUUGGCAACCUCAACAUGAACGUUGGACAAAAUGACAAACUCGUCAUCCAGAAUGAGAAUGAACUCGGCCUGGCUGCCAAGUUCCUGUACCUUCGCCUGGAGGAAUUGGAGAGAGCCAUACUGUUCAGACUCACUGAGACAAGAGGAGAGCGCAUAUUAACCCCACGCACCUUGCAGCAAGCCAUAGAGGCAAGGAAUGGAAUCGCCAAGUCCCUGUACUCUUCCCUGUUUUCCUGGCUGGUCAAGAGCAUCAACACCAUCGUGGGUAACGUCGGCACAAUGAGUUCCAUUGCCAUCCUUGACAUCUUCGGAUUUGAGGUCUUCCAAACCAACAGCUUUGAGCAGAUGUGCAUCAAUUAUGCAAAUGAGCACCUGCAGUACUUCUUCAACAAGCACAUCUUCAUGCUGGAACAGCAAGAGUAUUUGAAGGAGAAGAUUCCCUGGACCAGCAUUGAAUUCAAGGACAACCAGCAGUGCAUUGACAUGAUUGGCAAGAGACCGUUUGGUGUCAUACACAUACUGGAUGAUGAGAGCAGCUUCCCUAAUAGUUCGGACAAAUCCUUCAUGGACAAGUGCCACUACCAGCACAUGGGUAACACCUGCUACAGCCGGGCCAAGGUGCCCUCCAUGCAGUUCAGCAUCAAGCAUUUCGCCGGUCUGGUCACCUACGACAUGGUGGGAUUCCUGGAGAAGAAUCGGGACGUGCUCAAGCCGGAGGUGGUCGACAUGUUCAUCAACAGCCACUCACAGUUCAUCUCGGACAUCUUUGAGUCCCUGAGACGCCAGGAGGAGCAGAAGGCCAUGAUGAUGAGCAGCGUGAGAGGAAACAACAGCAUGAGGAAGAUGCGGGCCUCAACCGUGGCGACGCGCUUCAAUGAGUCACUGCUGGAACUCAUCAACACCAUGGGCAAGUGCAACCCGUUCUUUGUGCGUUGCAUCAAGCCAAACAGCGAUAAGGCACCCAUGGAGUUUGACGAGGGUCUGGUCCUGGAGCAGCUGCGCUACUCAGGCAUGCUGGAGACCAUCUCCAUCCGCAAGAUGGGCUUCCCUAUACGCAUGGCCUUCCUGCACUUUGCCAACAGGUACCGCUUCCUGAUGGGCCCAGUAUCCUUCAAGUCUACCGUCAAGGAAACCUGCCGCAUCAUCUUAUCCAAGGCUGAGCAGAAUGACGGCAAAGACUACGUGAUUGGAACCUCAAAGGUCUUCAUGCGAGAAUCCCUUGAGACCUCCCUAGAGCAUCAGCGUUCCCGCGUCAUCCGCCACGCGGUCGUCACCAUCCAGAAAUGGGUGCGGCGCUUCCAGACCAGGCAGCGCUACCUGCGACAGAGGGAUGCCGUCAUCCUGAUCCAGGCACAGAUCAAGGGAAGGAGAGAGAGAGGGCGGUACAUCAAGGGCAGGCGGGGCAUGAUCCGACUACAGGCGUUGCAUAGGGGCAGGAUGCAGAGGAGACGAUACCAGCAGAUGCGCAUCCAUCACAAGAGGAUGAUGGAAGACCGAGCCCUGCGAGAGGCUGAAGAGCGUCUGCGGAUGCAGGCAGAUGCCGCCAGGAGGGCCGAGGAGGAGGAACGCAUCGCCAUGAGGUCCGACAUCUCCCUCCUAGAGAUCCCCAUGGAGCUGGCUGUCUGUAUGGAGAAGCUGGCUGGAUGGUCCAACCCCCACGGCGAGAGGAACCUGAACAAGACCGUGGGUCAGGUGGCUCACCAGGACUACAUGUUCAGCUUCCCACUGGACGUGGACGAGUACCCGCUGUCCAAAUACGUCCACAUCUACUUCAAGACUCCUCAUUUCGGUGCCGCCAUCGAGCCCAUCAACACGGGCUUCCACAAGCUUAAUGAGAUGGAGGACCAAGAGGCUGUAGCCAUCUUCAAACUCAUCCUGCGCUUCAUCUUGGAGGAAGGGCUCAGUAAGGACAGGGAGCUGCUCAUCGGCAACUACAUCGUCCAAAAGGGAAUCGGCAACAAAGCCCUACGGGAUGAGAUCUACUGCCAGCUCUGCAACCAGACCUGGAAGAAUGCCGCGCCCCAAGCCCAAGAGAGAGCCUGGCUGCUCAUGGCUAACCUGAUGAGUGCCUUCCCACCCUCCAAGAGAUUCUACAAGUAUCUCCUCAAGUAUGUCUCAGAUCACGCCUGGGACGGCUACAAGUCCUACUGCCACCAGAAGCUCCUGCUCUGCGACACCCAGGCCCUGGAGUUCCUGAUCCCCCGGACCUACCCGCCGUGCUUCCUGGAAUGGAAGGCCAACCGUCAGCGCUGCAACAUGGCCCUGGUUGCUGAGCUACCUGACGGGGAGGAGGUCACCGUCAUGGCCGACUCGUGGAGCACGGGGGAGGACUUUGCCAGGAGUGCGCUCCAGAAAAAGGGAAUCACCAAGGCCUGUCACGGCUGGUCCGUCUACGUGAUGGAGGACAAGACUCGCUCAGAGCUCUCGGGCUAUGACUACAUCAUGGAUCUCAUCUCCGAGAUGGAGAUCCCCCCCGACUUUCCCGUCCGCGAGUCCCAGUUCCUGGUCUCCUCCGAAACGGUGCACGACAGGUUGCCCAAUAGAAAGUUCAAGGUGCUCCGAAAUAAUUUGGCUCAGAUUGACGCCUUACUGGAGAUGGACCCCGCGGCCCUGAAUGCCCACAUCCCUCCCCCGCCCACUGGGCCCCCUCCACCCGUACCCAAGACCUCACCCAGCAAGCCACCAGCCCCUCCUGCGCCCCCACCACCCCCGCCACCCACCGUGGGCAGCGGCUUGGGGGUCGAGUCCAGGCAGAAGAGACCGUCGACUAGCUCCAGACCUCGGAGUGAGGACGUGGAGUAUGCGUCGACGUUCUUCAAUCCCGGGGAGCGGUGGUCUAGUAAGCCUGUAUUCCCCGGCAACAUUCACAUCCCGGAGCCGGACUAUGACCUACCACCAGAGGAGGAUCAGAGGUACAAUGUCUAUGACGACACUGAUAUCGGUCCAUCGAGCCCCAUCCAUCCAACCUUGAACUCAGAUGGCAGCGAUAACGAGAGUGACCAGAAUCACAACGUGGCCCGACAGAUCAGGGCUGUGUCGGUACCCAACAGUGGCUCCAGACACAGACUGGACGACUACGUGGACAGGCUGUUCAAUCCAGUCCUUGAGAUGAACGGAGCUGCAGACCUCGCCAAUGCGGCCAAGGUCAACAAGGCCCUGAGGGGCGGGGGGAGAGGCCCCGCCCCCAGCCCCACCCCUCCUCCGUUGUUUGUGCCUCCUCCCCCACAGCUGUCAACUGGUCUUCCACCCUCACCAAUGGCUAUGCCAGGUUUCCCCUCCAUGGCUACCACUCCUGCGUACACACCAGGAAUGUUGCAGCCAACACUGCCCACUGUACCGGCCCACAUGCCCGCCGCAAUGCCGGCCGCAAUGCCCAUGACAGUGCCUAUGAUGCCACACCAGCCUACCCUUUUCGAGGCAGCCAUACAGCAGCAGCAACAGCAGGCUGCUGCACAGCAAGCUGCUGCCCAACAAGUAGCGGCUCAACAGGCCGCUGCACAGCAUCUUGCGGCCCAGCAGGCUGCCUCACAGCAACUUGCAGCUCAACAAGCAGCUGCACAACAACUGGCAGCACAGCAGGCAGUAGCCCAACAGGUCGCUGCCCAGCAAGCGGCGGCUCAGCAGGCAGCGGCUCAGCAGGCAGCGGCCCAGCAGGCAGUUGUACAUCAGGCGGUGCAGCAGCACCAGCAGCGACAGCAGCAAGAGGCCAUGAUGCAGCACCAGGCAGCUUAUCACCAGCAGACAAUAAUGGCCCAGCAGGUGCAGUUGCAACAGCAGCAACAGAUGCUACAGGACAUACAUUCAAAACUCUCCGCCACCACACCCGCGUCUGAUACCGGCUCUCUGAAAAGUUCCCUGGCCAAGAGCCACGAUGCCCGGAAUCAAUCAUCCAGUAAGGGUAGUCCACCGCCAUCUCCACUGAGAAAGAAGAACCUCCACUUCUCAAACCAAGUGGUGAACAUCCCCAGAGAGUCUUCCGAGCAGGCCAACACUGGCCAGCUGAGAUCAGAAGUGCCUCGAUCCCCAGUCAAAGGCCCCAAACCGGGCUUUGUUCCCGCUCCCCCUCCCCUCCCACCGCCGCCCCCAUCCCCACCAUCCGAGUCCGAGAUGGUCAAGGUCCGGACCCGCUCCGGGAAGGUGGUGCCGCUGAAUGACUCUUACCGGGCCAAUACCGUCCGAGUCGGCCGGGUAGUCUGGCCUCCGAGGAAGGAAGAGGAGCUGAAGUCUUCCGGUGUUCAGAUUGAUUGGGAUAAGGACGCCUUGGCAUCAGACGCAGGCCAACUGGACGAGCAAGUAGUCUCCAGGAAUUACCAGCCUACCAGUGAGAUCAAGAAGGCUAUCCACGCAGCUCACAAGUCCAAGGGGAUGGCUCCGGAAGCCUCCCUACAGACUCUAAUCAGCGCAAGAGCUAAGCAGCUCCAGGGCAAAUCGGAGGAGACCACUGCCAAACCCGUCCAACGUCCCCGUCCUUUGAAAUCCGCACUCAAGACCCCUCCGCCUGUCAAGCCCAAGAAAUUGACUCCCCGUCCCUCCCCGAACAAACUAAAUGUCCAGGAUGUGCACGCCGAAGCCAUGGCUAAGAUCCUAGCUAGGAAGGCUACCCUUGAUCGGAGGAGCCCUCAGAGUCCCCCCGUCACCCCAGCGCCUCCACCCCCACGCACGGCAUCCAAACCCCUCGGCAAAACACCCCCUGCUCCCCCACCACCCCCUCCACCAAUCUCAACUAUUCCAUCCAUCCGUGCCAAGGCAGAAGCCUUCCAACAGUCUCAACCUGUCGCCCGAUCGGAGAGCAAGCGGGAAGGUCCCAAGAGGAUCAUUCCCAAGAAACAGGAAGUGCACAAUGAGGCUAUGCACAUCUUGCAGUCACGUGGCCAUCGUGUGAGGACCAAUACAGAUUACGACAAGGAAGUGGUGGUUCCCCUCAUGUCCCCGCCGGAUGUUGAGCAGCUGGAGUCCCCACGCACCAAGGCCUUCCCGUCCAUCCCUGAUGUCUUCUACACUUACAACCGAGUGCGCUGGCGUCUUCACAUACGCAAAGAGGUGUUUACGCCUGGCGAGAGACUGGAGAAUCCUAUGGCCCAACAGCUUGUCUUCUAUCAGAUAGUGGCUGACACGUUCAGUAAGAGCUGCAUCCGGAUGAGUAUGGAGGAGAAACGACAAGUCAAGGCCGUGCUCGAUGCUCACGGUGUCAACCAACAGAAUGCUGCCCAGAAAAGCAAGAUGCGUAAGGACGUCAUCGAAAUGGCCCGCAAAUUUCCCCUCUACUUCUGCCGUUUCUUUGCCGUGACCGGAGGUAGAAAGAAUCGCCAAGUUGAGAUUCUAGGGGUCUCGGAGAACGGCAUCAGUUUAGUCAAGCGAGAAUACGACCAGACCAGAGACCAGUUGACUCAACUAGACCACAUCAGCUUCUCUGACAUCAAACAGAUUGAAGUGAGUGUUGCUGGUACGAUCAGGAUAACUCUGACUAACGACAAAGUCAUACCCCUGUUCACUCACAGGGCCCAGCUGAUCAAAGGCAUGAUAGAAGCCUACAUCAUCGACCUGGAGAGAGACUCACAGUACAUGCGAGCCAUCCAGGACUACAUCACCAGGGAAUCCACUCUACUGAGCUUCAGGAAAGGUGACAUCAUCAAACUGACGGCCAGGCACCCUGCUGCUGACUCUGAUUGGCUGUUUGGGAUGCUGGACGGUCGCACGGGCUUCUUCCCCAAGGAGAGCGUCAUUCCAGCCCCCGGCCCAGAGUCCCGCAAUCUCCUGGUCAGAAGAGGAAUCGCUGCUGAAUUGGUCAUCAGCAACCAGGAGGAACCCAGAAGACAGAAGCAAGAGGCGCGGCCCUCAGCCCCCAAGAGCCCUGAGAGACAGCCCACCCAGGAGGAACUCACCCGCUUCUCCAUGGUGGAAUUUGCCUCCAAGUACUUCCGAGAAAACCCCAACAAGUACGUGAUGCAGAGGAAGGAGGACGGCUCCAUCCGAGGUUCUCUCAAGUUCAUGGGGAACUUCAAGAGGUCUCGCAAGAAGAAUUCCAAGAAGAAGCCCAUCCAAGUGGACGAGCAGGAUUAUACUCAGUUCCUGGACGCCGUGUCCUACACCAACUCCCCGAUCCAGGUCUCCCUGCUGGAAUUCCCCGUGGCUGCCAUCAACAAACUCUCCCUGGAAUGCUUCCUGGCUCUCAUGAAGAUCAUGGGUGACUAUCCCCUGCGUUCUAAGCAAGACACCCCCAUUCAGCAGGCACUGUAUGAGAAAAUCAUCUUCAUCAUCAAGGCUUGCUUUGGACAUCGGGAGAUGUGUGAUGAGAUCUACUGUCAUGUCAUCAAACAGACAACCAGAAACACCAGCACCAAAAAGUUAAGCCUACUCCACGCCUGGCGGUUCUUCACCCUCCUCACGGCCUUCUUCCGAUGCUCCCCCACCCUCAAGCCCUACCUGUUCCAGUAUCUGACCAUGGUAGCCCAGACGGCCGAGUUCCAGUACGGCGGCAUGGCGGGCGUCUGUCUGUUCAACCUACGCAAGAGCUUCCGUCACGGCGGAAGGCGCUUGCUGCCCGGACCGGAGGAAGUGGGGAAUCUCCUGGCCGGUCGUUUAGUCCGUCGCCAGCAGGUCCACCUCCCAGGCAACCUGCGCACCAUGGUCAAGGUUUCCAACAGCUCAGUGGUGGUGGACAUCCUGGAGGAAUUGUGCACGGAGAUGGGCAUACAGCAACCAGCCGCCAUCGAAGAGUUUGGCAUCUUUGGACUGGUGCCUCAAAAGAACAAAGUGGUACCCUUGCAGCUGUCGGACUACUUGAUGGACGUGACGAACCACUUUGAGAAGCAAGGCUUUGAGUACGCGUUACUCUUCAAGAAGGUGGUGUGGUAUCAGCCCAUGAGUGUCAGUAACGAGUUCGCAUCGGCAACCAUCUACAACCAGGUCUUACCGGAUUAUCAGAGCGGUCGUCUGGUUGUCUUAGAGUUCAACACUCUGACUGAGCAGCAGAAAGCUAAGAUAGUCAGGCUGGCUAUCCUCAUGCACAGAGCAGCGGACAAGGUCCAGAUACCAACAGUGAAGGAUCUGCCGGACCUCUUACCAGCUAAUGUGAUCAACCAUAUCAACAGCCAGCAGUGGUUGAACCUGAUCCACAGUGAACUCCCCCUGCUGGAAUCGAUGAGUCCACACCUGGCCCGGACGGAGUUUGUCAACACGGUCAUCAAGUGGCGGCUGUUCGGAUCCAGCUUCUUCGACGUGGUGCAUGUGUCAGACUCCCGUGUUGGUGGAGGGUGCCUUCUUGCCAUCAACAAAACAGGAGUGCACUUCUUGCAUCCACAGUCUCAUGAAGUACUGGUGACUCACGGCUUCCAUGAAGUGGUUUCCUCGCACCACCUGAAGGGAGACGGCAGGCAGUACGUGGACCUGAAAUGUGGAAACCUGAUGGUGCAGAAAGUCACCAGGAUCCAGACCAACCAGUGCACUGAGAUCAUCAAUGUCAUUGGGCAACACAUGCAACGCCAAGUCACCAGCGGUCACCAGCCCGACCAGCCAGACAGCAUAGCCGACUUCAACAACCUGGCCUCCCCCAAGUACCCACCCAGCCAGGGCCAGGAGAGCCCCAACAAUCCGGCCAAGCGAUGGGGCGGGGUGGCCACGCCCAUCCAGGAGGUGACCAAGCAAUCCAACGUGGCCCGGUCCCCGAGCGCACUGUCCGAUUACAACCGGGGGGCCAACGUGGCCCGGUCCCCGAGCGCACUGUCCGAUUACAACCGGGCGGGGUCGCCAAGUGGUUACCGGGCGGGGUCCCCGAGUCGCCUGUCCCCGCGGCGACCCUCCCCGGCGUCAUCGAUCAGCGAGCCGGAGGUUUCGGAGCCACGCCCGUCGUCACCGAGGAGGCCUCCGAGUCCGUUUGACAACAGACCCCGGCAGCUGGACUCCAAUUGGGUCUUGGCGCCCAAGGAUGCCGAGAGGGGCCACGCCCGGAUGCCUUCCUGGGACCGCUCCUCGGGCAGCGCCCGGGAUUCCUCAGACGGAGAACCUUACAACCGCUCCUCCCCAGUACUUCCUCCUGCGUCAUCGGGGAACAUCUUGAAGAUGGGGAUGCCGCGAUCGGCCGCCACCAGGCAGGCAUCGAAACAGGCUGCACCUGCUGUUGCGAACGGCAACCUGCACGGCAAUCGCAUGGGGAGAGGAGCUGUGCCUGGUGCUUACAAUGGCCGGAAGUAAGUGCCUCAACACCAACGUAAUAUUUCCAUUAUCAAAGUACGAGGUUUUUAAUUUUACUAACUAAAUCAAAUAAAAAUGGCCGCUGAUCUUUGGAUAGGUAUCCCUUUCACCCUUUCCAUACUUCUGGUCUAAAUCCAGUUGUGGUCCAAGCUUCCAGUCAUUUUCAUACACCAUAAGUACUGAAGUGACGUGGUUUCUGCCUUAAAAUAUGAAAAUUGCUUUAUCAAAUUUAUAAAAAUCUUUCCGUCCAAGCAUGAUGAAUGUUUAUGUUGUAUAUCUCUUUUCAAACAGUGGAGGAAUAGAUCCUUCAAUAGUAAAACAGUAUCUAGACAUUGAAUGCAAGUGAAAGAGAAGUCAAUGCAUAUUAUUCAUUACUGCCGUAGGGCAUCACCAGCGCUUUCAAGCGGGAGGUGCCAGGUUCGAAACCACACCGGGUCACCUUAGUUGAAAGAAACACGUUGAAUUGCCUUUAAAAUAAUAACAUAAUUUUAAGCAUUGACAGUCUAUAGACCAUUAUCAUGUUGCGGCCAUCUUGAUGUUUUAUUCAUUCAAAUCAACGUAACCAAAGCGAGGCUGGAAGGAAAAAUAGUCUGGUUCCUUUUUUGCACAAAAAAUAUUAUCAUUCAGUACUGUUAUUGGAUACAGGGAACAUGACUGAAAUGGUGGCAGCAUGAUAAAGGUCUUUUGGGAUCACCACGCAGUGUCAUCGGGGAUCAAACAAAAUACUUGGAUGGCGUAUUGACAAAGUGGGCGGGGCUUAGUUUUGAUUAAACUCCGCCCACUUUGUAUGUGUGCAACAACCCGUGUGUUUCCCUAAUGCCACUUGGUUGAGCAGUCACAGCUGUGAUUGGUCCAAAACAUUGGGGGGAGGAGCCUAAUGGGUGGGGCUACAGACUGGACACCACCCACAGAAAUUUAGAAACCAUAAAAUUCAGAGAUUUUCUUGAGCAUUAUUAAUUCAAAACUGUUUUCAAUUCUGAGCCUGAACGUCUGUAUUCACACAUUCUAUUUCGAUGUUUAAUUCCCAGUCAUUCCAAUUAUUUCAAAACUGCCGUAAAUCUUAUUGCCUUUGAAAUAGAGUUGUAUUUAUAAGAGUGAAUUAUAUAAUGAUAGAUUUGUAUUGAUUGAAUAUAUUUACUUAGAGAUUUGUUGAAUACUUUUGCCAAAUGCAUGUAGUUAGUAUUAAGUCUUUAUAUAUAGUAAGCGGAUGUUUGUAUAUAAUUAUGAUCAUACUUACAGCAGAUUUAUUCAUAUGGACACGCUGUCUUCAUAUGUGAUUUCCUUUUUAAAGAAAUAAUAUGCCUAUUUAUAUAUCUUUUUAUAUCAGAAUUAUAUCAAAUCUCAAAAGUACUCGGAAAUUGAAAAGCGGUUUUGCCACAGAUGAAGAUGUGUAAAUUUACAAAUGCUUGAUAUAUAAUUUAAAGAAACUGAUGAAGACGACGAUUGUAUUUUGAUUUUUGUACAUUUGAAUGCAGAAAUAAAGAAAAGAAAGACUUACUGGUGCAUAUUUAAAUAGAAAUAAUUUGAAGUAUUCAGCUGUUUAAUGAAGUUGUCCAACUCAAAACAAAAUGGUAUUCCUUUAAAUUUUCUGGCGAUGUGUACAGCUCAUGUUUUCUUUCUGAAAGAAAAGGAAUGUCUGUUAUUGUUUCUUUUUGUUCAAGUCUGUUUAAUUGUAAAUCAAUGCAGCUGUGGAGAAAAGCUAUCGGUAGAAUCAGUUUAUUUUAAAGACAUCAAUUGUUUAGAGGCUUAAUCCGUGUACUGCACAUGUAUGUACAAUAUGUACACUGCCUGUUAUCUUGAAAGCAACUGCCAAUACUAGUGGCUGUUUCCACUUUUCUUGACGAAGUUUUGCGUAAUUGUUAGGAUCUUUGUAUUUUAUAAAUGUUAAUGAAUAUUGUGAAAGUUUCAUUGGAACUUUAUGAACUCUUUGGAACCCUUCAAAGUUUACAUAAAGAAUCAUAGUGUGACUGUGUAGGCCCACCAGAACAUUAAAGGGUUUUGAACAGUAUAAUGUACGAGUUAGUACAGUGUAUUCAGUGUUACACCACCAAAAAUUACGUUGUUGAAUUAUACCAGAAACAAACAAAGGAAAUUCCUUGUGGUGAAUUUUGGAACCUUUUCAACGAGUCAAACCUUGUAAAGGCGUUAGACUUCGUUCCAACUUCAUCCCGUCCAUUUUGUUUUGCAACAAGAAUAUCCUCGCUGUUAAAUAAAAAAAAAAUUUAAAAUAGGCAUCUCUCUUCCCUUUUGUAUUGGGAUGUCAUCUUCCAGGAUUCAUUCACUUUUCUUGAACAGAUAUCUUAUGUUGCUUUUACAUUUAAAAAAAAUGGCAACUUUUCGCUUGAGUUAAUUUGGUCUUAACAAAAUCCUGGAAUCUGUUUUUUCUUUGGUAAAUGUGUAAAAAAUAUUUCCGUGCCUAGAAAAAAAAUCUGCAAACUUAAAAAUUCUUGUUCAACUUUACUUUUGUAAAAUGUUGAAAUUUGUAGUCUGGUAGCUGUCAGAUGAAAUUAGUGCCAAAAAUAGGAUACAUUUUUUUAGUAAUUUUUUUUUUAUAUUUGUCUUUUUUUAUAUUGUCUUCUGCUUUUAUCGCCCAUCGAUGCAAGCCAAGCAAACAGCGUUCGCUCCACAUUCCAAAAUAAGACAUUCAUGAAAAAUAUUUUCUUUUGAAAAAAUAAUUUCAUAUAUACUUGUAUUUAGUGCCUACAUAUGUAUGCUACAAAUUAAGUUUAAUAUACAGUAAGGACAGGACUUUUGUCGAUUAUGGCAGAGGGCUAGCAUAGUGUUCUAAUUGACUAACUGGCGGACUCACUUAUGCACCGGGCAGUGCUAUUGUAUAGGAUUACCUAUAACGCCAAAUCUGGCCCAUUGUGUAGACAAGAUGCAUAAAAAACUUCCAAUGCAUAGCAAUUUUGAAUAAAUUGAAACAAAUUCUGUGCACUAUAGGAUCAGAUUUACAAGUCUCGCCUCAUCUUGUUCACGUAUUUUAUGUAUUUUUACAGUUACUUGGAAGAAAAAAAAGAAAGCUGUUUUUAAUUUUUGAGCAGUGUUAUGAUCGCAGAUACUAGAAUAUAUAGAGUUAGGGGAAGUCAAUUUGUAGACUUUUAAAACAGUAGUUUUCUUUUCUACUUUGAAAAUGGUAUUUCAAUUGAAAUUGAGUAUAAAACUCUGUAUUAUUUUGUCAUUCACCCACCAUAUUAAUUUCAGAAGUCAAUGCCUUUCAAUUUACUGCCGAAAACUCCUUUGAUUUGAUAUACUGCCGAAAACUCCUUUGAUUUGAUAUAUUUUGAGUAACACCUAAUAUUGUUAAAGAAGUUACGACAGUUUUAUACAUGUAGCUCAUUAAUGUCGUAUUAACCCAAGUUUCACGUAUUUUUGUUUUGCCUUAUAGAAUUUAGUGUACCAUACAUAUACACAGAUGGAGUAAAAAGAAAAAUUGCAGAGAAUUAAACUGAGCUUUUUAAAAGUUUAUUUUAAUGCAUCUGUAUUAUCGCAAUUGAUGAUUGGACAACCACGAUGAAUAUUGAAAUGUUUAUGCCAAAUAAUUUUUUUAUAAAAAUGAUGCUACAAAAUGUCGUAAUUUGCUAUUUUUCUAAUAAAUUAUUGAUCCAAGAUUAACCAGA